AUGACGACGCCGCGCGCGCGAACGGAGCGACGGGAGGGAUCGCCGCGACCGUCGACGGCGCAGAGUGAGGCGAAUCAGCGAACGCCGCACGGAGGAAGGGCGCUGUCGGAGGCGUACUUCGCCACGGGGGCGACGGCGUUUUUGGAGCGAGCGCUGACGCGACGCACGGGGGCGCACGCGGCGACGACGGUCGGGACGUUUCAUCGAGGAAAACGAGGGAAGGGGGGGGUGAGAAGACGACUGGGAGGUGCGACGACGUCGACGGUGGGCGAUGCGCGCGGUCACGGGGGCGGGGCGCGGGAGGUGGUGCGCGUGCGAUGGGACCCGGAGAAUCCGUACGCGGCGACGUUCGGCGAGCUGUUGGACGUGUUUUGGGAUAGUCACGAUCCCACGCACGCGCCGAUCGAUGAUUUGCACGCGAGCGUGGUUUUUGUGACGAGCGAAAGCCAGCGUGAGGAGACGCUGCGGAGCAUCGAACAGAAGACCGACGCGUAUCGCGACGCGGACGUGCUCACGCGCAUGGAGUCGGCCGUCGACUACAGAUUUACGGAGGCGCCGGAGCGAUUUCAAAGAAGGUUGCAGCGCGCGAGCGAAGACGAGGGCAGUAGAGAGGGAUCGAUGCGAAACGGCGGCAGCGCGCGAUCGUCGAUGGAUGAGCGCGGGAGCCCGAAUGGAAGUACGAGCGAAGCAUCGCAAAGCACGGAUGCACCGCAAAGAACGAGAACUCUUUUGGGUUCGGUGAACGCGACGCUUCAUUGGGCGGUGGAUUGGACGAAAGUGAUCGCAGUGCACGGGGCAGCGUAUUUAGUUCGAGGCGGCGCCGAAAACGAGCGCAAGACUCCGAGAUGA